AGUAGCUGCCCUCACAGCAACCUGAGCAUUUGCGCUGUUAGGGUAAAGAAAGCACGGCAUCCCCAUCGAUCAUGCAACCGGCUUUUUUCCUACUCGUGCUCAUUGCUGUGUCUGUAAUGGUGGAUUGUACACCGAGGCUCCAGGACCACGAGCAACUUUUACAACAUCAGAGCAGCUUCAGCAGAGGAGCAGGAACAGGUACAUCUGCUGGGAUGACAGGGUUCUACUAUGAGCUGAGUGAAUCGACGAGUAAAGGCAUUCACAGACCCUUUCUGGGUAAGUGGGCCUUUAUCAAUGAAUACAUUGUGUGUUUUAUUUCUAUCAAUAGAGAAUUACUGAUUGAUAACUGGGGUGUUUCCUUCAGAAAUUGAGGUCACAGAGGGCGGUAUAAUGUUUUCCUAGAAUGUGUGAACGAAACAAGAACACUGGCAAAAUGCAUCGAAGUAGUAAAUCCAAACCUGACAUUUUCAGGGGUAAACUGAUAUUUUGAAAAUUCAACAGACAGGAUAUUUUCUGCAUGUCAAUCAUAUUCUUCUGUUGGAUUGGUAUGUUAUAUCUUUGUUUUUAUUCCUCUGUUGUACAGCAUUUGUUGUUUUCUCAUGAAUUUGCUUUACAAAUAAAGUGGAGUGUAAUGGAAAAACAAACAUGACUUUUUGCAGCUACUGAAACAUAUGCAUGUUUAACCUGUUUUUAACAUCUAUCCAACACCCACAGUGUUUUUUUCUGCGUUUAACUCUGACAUGCAUGUUUGAACUUGUUUUUCUUACAGUCCUCUUGCCAGUGAAAAUGGGUACAAGCAAUUUUGUGUCAAUAUUUGACUUAAGAAGAAAGCGGUUCCUCUGCAUGGACAGAGAGGGAGAGCUGUACAACUCUGUGAGUGUUUUAUUAAGUACACUUAAAUGUAGCACAGUCAAAAAAUAUAUUAAGAGAACUAUCUAACAUUGACUAUAUCUGUUGUCUUGAAACCUCCUCUCUAACAGAGACAUAAGGACAGAGAAGAAUGCCUAUUCCAGCACAUUUGGUUAGAUUUUGAUAGCGGCCAUGAUGUAUUUUACUCUACAAGUGGGGGUCAGCUGUUCAGACUUAAGGCUGCUGAGCUAAGAGUUUCUCACCAGGAGCCACCUGAACCUCCAUCAUCCCUGCUGCAGAGGUUCCUGGGUGCCUCGGGUAAGAGACAAAAGAGGAGUGAGGAGGUGAACCCCUCAGAUCCACUUCAAACAGAGUCCCAUCCUUCACUUCCGACUAAGGAUCACAAGGAUGCAGAUCAAAGACAACCUGAACAGGACCAAACUGGAGCCGUAUCCAAAGAGACCAUCACAUCUUGUGAUGACCCCCUGCGGGUUUUGCAGACUGAUGGGCUUGUCAGCCCUGUCAAGACUAACAUAGCAGAACGGGCAGAGCAAGACUAAGAUACUGGAGCGGCAGUAGCUCAGGAGGUAGAGCGGUCGUCCAAUAACUGGAAGGUUGGCAGUUCGAUUCCUCCCUAUCCCUUGUCUGUCCGUUGUGUCCUUGGGCAGGACUCUUAACCUACCUUGCUUCCAGUGUGUGUCCUUCACUGGUGUAUGACUGUGGCUGUCAGAGAGGCCGUAGGCACAAACUGGCAGCCAUGUUUCCUUCAGUCUGCCCCAGGACAGCUUUGACUACUAAGGUAGUUUACCACCACCAGGGUGUGACUGUGUGAGCAAAUCAAUAAUGUAUCCAAUGAAAAGCGCUUUAACAGUCGGUCUACCGAAAUUCUACAACUACUAGAACGGCCACAAAUGGCGUUUUGUCUGCUUGUGGCAAGUUAUUUGCACCUAAUUUGGAUAAUCAACAAUAAAAACUAAUUAUAAAUUGGCCGAAUAGAUAAAAAAACACAUCAGUACGCAAAAUGAAAAUUAUAAUGAAUGAGAUUUUUAAGGACCUUCCUCAAAAUACCAAGACGCAUCAUUCCCUGAACUCGCUCAUCCAUCGGAUUCUUCCUCCAUACUUGUCAUUUUUCCUCUAGUUAUCAUUUUUGAGUCUCUUGAGUUUUGAGUAAAAUUAUAGCAAGAUUUUAGUUUCACAGAGCCUAAAAUAAAAAACAAAAAAUAACACAGGAGAGAGAGCUGGAAAAUGUAUCAUAAAGCGAAACAUAGCACCCUUUAUAAAAAGCAUGCAGUCAAUUUGACUGCUCUAGUAGUUUGAGGCAGUAUUACUCAGACCUCUUUGGUGUUUUGAAAUUUUAAUGGUAAAACAAUGUUAGAGUAAAAUAUACACACAUUUAGGAAGCGUCAGGGUGCAACUGGUGUAUGAGUUUUAUUUUUAAAAAGUUACGACAUUGUAAAUUUUGAAAGCAGUCAAAAUGACUGCCUUGGUAGUCUCUGAUAAAGCACUCUAAAAAUCUGAUGCAUUGUUAUUAUCAUACUAAGCACCGACCAUAACUGAAAGAUCAAGAAGCACUGAGGCCUUGGUUUGUGGAGGACGCUCACUCUGAGUGUGACUCAUCCUGUAUCUGUGAACUGCAGUAUCAGUGAGAGUCCUGGAGGGACUUACAGUAGAGUCAAACUGACAGCAGAGUUAAUGUUAUCUGUUGGUGAUCCACGACCUGUCAAUAUUUGACACUCUCUGGAAAAGUGAUCACCUUUUAUAAAAUAUUUGGGUACAAAAUCCUCAAACUGGUUUUCAUGGAACUACUAUGACUGGUAAAAGACUCCAUGUUACAUCACAGCUGCUCCAACAAGGCCCUCUAUUUGACGAGCCCAUGAAGGAUAGGUUUGGCAACAUUUGACAUAAUCAGGCAACAAGUUUGGUCCAGCGCCCUGCUGUCCUUUAACCUCCUUUGUCAGUUAAAUUUUAAACCACAGGCCACAUGUGGCAAUGUUUGUUUUGUACGUGUAAUCUGUAAGUAAUUAUGAAUAUUAAUCAACACAUAUGUUGAUACAGUAAAGCCUCAGAAUGAGAGCUUGAAAGCUAUACCAAGACUGAGGGGUGCUUUUUUUUUGCGACUGGAAAAAAAGAAAAAAAAAAAAAUCAUCUGCCAACUCCGUCUGCGACAAUACACAAGAUCAAAUGAUGUCAGGUGCCGGACACCAACUGUGAACAGCAAUGAAAGGAUAUUUAUUUAUUGAAAUGUGUGAAAUGACCUCCUUUAACAAGCCUUCUAUUUUAUUAUUUAUAUAUUUCAUGUUGUGUUGUUUCUGAUGUGGAUAAAUAAAUGGCAACUAUUUUCUGGAUCACUGUUUGUUUGUGUCAGAAAAAACUGUUUCUGGUCUAGAUUCUGACAACAAACAUCUCUGGUAGAUGUUUAUGUAACCUCUCUUGGGGUCUCAUUUGAGGACAUGCUGUGACAGGACAGAGGACUGACCAAGGACACAGAUGAGAAAGAAUUAUCAAUAAACUGUCCACCAAUAGAACUGAUGUUAUUUUUGGAAACUGUCACUGGAUACCAGAGGAAAAAGAACAACUGGAUAAGAAAUUUCUUUUCCUCUUCUUUAUAUUCCUGUUUUUAGAGGGGUCUGCAAAAUCAUUUAUACACUUCAUAUUUAUCUUUGAUUUGAAAUGUUAAAAAAAGGUCACAGUAGAACUACACAAAGCUUACCAAACAAUGAAAAACUGCUAACCACUUUUUUGACCACCAACUGCUCAUUUUCCAAGGACAGGACACCAACCUCACAGUUACUCUGCAUACAGCCAACCACUUAUGUAACUAGCAAAUGCUAGACUUAAACAAAAAGAAAAAAAAAUCCACAUACAUUUUUUUUGUAAAGCUGUUUUCAAGUAGAGCUGAUGCUCACAGAAAAGAAUCAAAGAGACAAGAUAAAAGCUGGAUAGGUUUAUAAACUGAAAAGUAAAAUCAGUGAUUUACAGAAUGGAAACAUGAACAGACCAUUAAGUCAAACCACUGAAACAGACACAGCUGAGCAGACAGCUUUAGAAAUGUGCUAAACUGACUGGAUAGUAUUCCAACACAGUCCCAACAUCAGUCAUCGAAGAUAUAUAAACAUUUCUAUUAUUAUUAUUAUAAUUAUUAUUAUUAUUAUUAUUAUGUGGCUCUUUUUCCAGUUCAAAAGUUAUUAAAAACAUCUUUGAAAGAAAAUAAAACAAGUAACAAAUUAGAGGAGGCUUGAUAGAACCAAAUACGUAACAAUGACUUGAAAUGUUACAAAAAAUGUAAUAAAGCCUGAAAUGUAAUAAAAAUGAUCUAUCAAAACGCAUAAUGUAAUAACUUACCCAAAAUGUAACAAGUUGCUACAAUUUGGGAAAAAAGUUCAAACGUUUUGGGCUCAGUAUCUUGUUACAUAACCGACCAGUACAUUUUAGGUUUUAUACCUUUUUUUUUUUUUAUUAAAUUUUGGGUCAUUGUUACACAUCGGGCUCUAAAAGGGCUAGUUUACAACUUGUGUAAAGAUGCGAAAGAUUCCAAAGACAACUCACCAAACUGGCUAAGAUGAAAAACUGAAGAAGAAACAUUUAUGCAUCUGUUUUAACAUCAUUUGUCAUUCUCUUAUAAGUUCAAAACUUUCAGGGAUAACUUUAUUUCUGAAAUAAAGUGCUGAAUAAGGAAUUUGAAACACAUCUUUGCCUUGAUUUACAACAAGAUAUGCCCGAUUUGUAAGCAGAUUCAUGUGCAGAACAUAAUAAUUUAAUAUGCAGAAAAAUUAUUAUUUCUUAUUUUACAGAUAGGUCUGUUUAUUCUCUUUCUUUGUUGCAGUCCUCAUGUUUAUUCUUUUUUUUAUUAGCUGCCCCUGAACUGUUAAAUAAAGAGAUAUGAAAAAAAGUUA